AUGAAGGGUGUCUUAAGAUUCGGGAAGAAGGGCAAGCUAAGGUCGCUUUUUGUAGGGCCAUUCGAGAUUUUGGAGCAGGUCGGUUCUGUGGCUUACCAUUUGGCCUUGCCAUCGUCCCUCUCCACGGUCCAUAAUGUAUUUCAUGUCUCCAUUUUGAGGAAGUAUUUAAUGGACCCAUCGCAUAUGGUGGACUUUGAGCCCUUGCAAUUGAAUGAAAACUUGAGUUACAAGAAGAAGCCCGUGCAAGUUGUGGCCAGGGAGGUGAAAGUUUUGUGCAGCAAGGAGGUGUCACUGGUGAAGGUUCUGUGGCAGAAUCAUCAAAGUUUGAGGAAGCUACUUGGGAGCAAAAAGGACAAGAUGAGAACACUUGCUUCCAGAGCUCUUUCAGGAUUAAAACUUUCGAGGAACGAAGUUUAUUAA